AUGCGGCUACGUUGGAAGGGUUUGGAUAUUGAUAGCGUUCACCCGCCCAUCGAAUCGAUCCUGCGCGAGUUCGUCCCAGGUCGCCGUGCUGAUCUGGAGGCGCUCCAGGAGGUUUUUCUGAGUGUCCUUUUAGCGCCUCUUCUGUCUCCCUUUGCGGAGAGCAUUCACGGUGACAUCGCCAUGGAACACAUGCUUGGGAUCAUUUCGCUUGAGAACUUCAGUGCUGAUACUUUUACUGGGUUUUUUAAUUUCCUCGCAAUUUAUGCGGGUCUUGACUCUAAUGAGGAUCAUGAGGGGAAUUCGAAACCUCAGGCCGCUGACGUGCUCCUUGGAGCGAUCGUAUCUUGUACCGGUGUACAUUGCAAUUGCAAGGAGCUUCAACUUAUCAGUGGGUUCCCCAAAGUGCCCUAUAGCCUUUCCGGUGGAUAG